AAAAGGCAAGGCACGCGUCCGGACACUCACCACCAACUAAACGCGAGAGGGACUCUGACAUCAAUAACAUCUCGCUCAUCAAUAUAAACAUUGUUGAUGGAGUUAGACUGCUUAAUUAAAUAGUUUGCCGUGAAGGUAUUAGGCUCUCUGAAUUUAUAAUAUUUAAUCUAAUGAUCCCCAAUGGAGAACAUCUGAAGGACGACUCUUCAGCAUCUCCAUCCACAGGAAAGCGGCUCGGUCAGACAGACACCAAGACUUGGAGAUUUCUUAUUUUUCAGUGAUGGCUAUCAACACGGACGCUGCCUUUGAGAAAAGCGCCCUCGGUGAGAGGGAAGUUUCCAAUCCCACCGACUUCCAGGACACGGAGAAGCUGCUAAGCACCGCGACCACCGAGCCCAUCGGGCAGAACAACAUCAAACAGUCCGACUCCUUCUCCCUCAUCAUCAGAGGGAGCGUCCGGUCCCUGGAUGCGGAUCAGAAUGGACACAGAUCACCGCUGAAAUCGGGCUCCAUCGGGCAGCUGGCGACCCCACCCAGAUCCUUGUCCCGUCUCAGCCUGGGCCAGCUGCCCUCCCCGGUGCCUCCCGGGUCCGCACCCCCAAGUUACCUCUGGCUCGCCGUGCUGUCUUGUCUCUGCCCCGCCUGGCCGCUCAACAUAUAUGCCUUGUGGUAUGCACAUGUGUCGAGGUCUGUUCUACAUACAGGAGAUAUUGAAGGAGCUAAGAAGUAUGGCCGUCUGUCUAUGCUGCUCAGCUUUCUGUCGAUACUGCUGGGUGUGGCUGUCAUCAUCUUCUUAGUGUUAACAUUAGAGCUCCAGAUGUGAACUGGGGGAUGGACGGAGUAACAUUUAACAUCUGAUCUCAAAUUUGCACAGAAGAGAGGAAGAGGAGGAGGAAUGUCGUUUUGAAAAUGGAAAAAGCACAAAAUCUGAGUUGGAAACAAGCUGAAGAGACUUUUAUGUAAAACGUAAUGUUUUUUCUGCUAUGGACGCAAGAGAGAAAAAGGAAAGAAGUCGCAGGUUGUGUCUCUUUUUCCGGCAACACUCAUGUCCAAUAAAUAACCCCACAAACUCAGGAACAAAGGGAGGAAAAUGAAGGCUGCACACAGUUGUAGUGUCAGAUCAUCAGACAGCACAUGCUGUGGACUAAGUGUAACUACUCACAGUCCGAACUAGUGGUGCACUGAGGUAAUUGGAUGGUAUUGCAUUUUGCUUAUAAAAAAAAAAAUGUCAUCAUUAAAUAAGACUAAAGAAGACGAAAGAUACCAUCAUCAUCAAAAAAAAAACCAACACUUACGAUAAGAUUUGUACGUGAUGUGAAGAUAAAUAAAUAUAACCUCUUGGGGUCAAAAACAAAAAGGCAUCAGUGCACCUCUAGUCUGUAAUGCCGCCACUGCCUGCCCUGUUUCUCUUAACAUUUGCAACACAGUACGUACCGACUGUGGGAAGAUGUAUAUACUGAUUUCAUACACUGUUUACAUACAACUCAUGUACGUUCAUCACGACAACGCUCUACUACAGUCAUAGUGUGAUAUCUUGCUUUGCGUGCUAGUAUGAUAAACUGAUUCCUGUUCGGACUCUACUGACCUGCCUGGAUCUCUGCACCUCAUUACGUUCACAAUAUACUGCAAGAUAUGAAUGGGGUUGUUCUCCCUGUAUGCACUGUUCCUGGCACUCUGAUGUUGAUGUUUAUACAUUUAUACUGUAUGACUGGUUUACUGUGCCAUAGUUCUGCAUGUCGGAAAUAAACUUGAAUGAGCAUGACAAAC